AUGUCCUCUGAAGAAGGGAAGCUCUUCGUUGGAGGGCUCAACUUCAACACCGACGAGCAGGCUCUGGAAGAUCAUUUCAGCAGCUUCGGGCCCAUCUCUGAGGUGGUCGUUGUCAAGGACCGGGAGACUCAGCGAUCCCGGGGUUUUGGCUUCAUUACCUUCACCAACCCAGAGCAUGCGUCCGAUGCCAUGAGAGCCAUGAACGGAGAGUCUCUGGAUGGUCGCCAGAUCCGCGUGGACCAUGCUGGCAAGUCGGCCCGGGGCCGAGGCGGUGGCUUUGGAGGGCGUGGCCGCAGCUACUCCAGAGGUGGUGGAGACCAGGGCUAUGGGAGUGGCAGGUAUGACAGUCGGCCUGGAGGAUAUGGCUAUGGAUAUGGACGAUCCAGAGACUAUGGUGGCAGAAGCCAGGGUGGCUAUGACCGCUACUCAGGAGGAAAUUACAGAGACAAUUAUGACAACUGA